AGGAGGAGAAGGAGGAGUGUGUUUGUGGGCAGACAGUCGCAGGACCAGAGUCCCAGCGGCAGUUUAGGAGAGUCUGAGCGGGGAAAUCAGCGUCCAAUACGGGAUAACUCAGAAGAGGGAUCCGCGAUGAGUUGGGGAACGGAACUCUGGGACCAGUUUGAUAAUCUGGACAAACACACCCAGUGGGGCAUCGACUUUAUUGAACGCUAUGCAAAGUUUGUCAAGGAGAGGCUGGACAUAGAGCAGACCUAUGCCAAGCAGCUAAGGAACUUGGUGAAGAAAUACUGUCCUAAACGCUCUAAAGAAGAGGAGCCGAGGUUCACAUCAUGUCUGUCUUUCUACUCCGUACUGAAUGAACUCAACGACUACGCCGGGCAGAGGGAGGUGGUUGCCGAGGAGAUGACUCACAAGGUGUACGGAGAGCUGAUGAGGUACAGCCAAGACUUCAAAGCUGAGAGGAAGCAUCAUCUACAGGAGGGCAGGAAGGCCCAGCAGCAUUUGGAUCAUUGCUGGAAACAGAUGGACAAUAGUAAAAGGAAGUUUGAGAGGGAGUGUAAAGAAGCAGAGAAAUCCCAGAUUACCUAUGAUCGGUUAGAUAAUGACAUCAACGCCACUAAAUCGGAGGUGGAGAAGGCCAAAGCCCAGUUCUACCUGCGCACCCACAUGGCCGACGAGAGUAAGAACGAGUACGCCGCUCAGCUACAGAACUUCAACGGAGAGCAGUGGAAACAUUUCAACAAUGCCAUACCACACAUCUUCAAGAAUCUGCAGGACAUGGACGAACGUCGGACGGUAAAGCUCGGUGAGACGUACCGGAGCUUCGCCGAGGCGGAGCGCAGAGUCAUUCCCAUCGUCUCCAAAUGUCUAGAAGGGAUGGUUUCUGCUGCCAAAGCUGUCGAUAGCCGAAAGGAUUCAAUAAUUGUGGUGGAGUCGUUUAAAUCGGGCUUCGACCCUCCAGGCGACUUCCCCUUCGAGGACUUCAGUCAGCAUAUGAGCAGGUCAGGUUCAGAUGGGACCAUCAGCAGCACACCCAAAGUAGAGAGAGAACGAGAGGCCCCGGCGCCACGGUCCGACCCUAAACACCCCAUGAGCAAAACCAAGAACAAGCUGUGGCUGUUUGGGAAGAAACCAAAGUCUCCUUCCUCCUCUCCCCCUUCACCACCUUCGUCCUCCCGUUCCCGAUUCAGCACUGACUUAGUGAGCCACUAUCUCUCUGAGAUAAAGACUACACCCAGAAAGCCUCAGAAUUUGAAAGGCCUGAGACGAGGGGUGAGACAGGAGGCCCCAUCUCUGGAGGAUUACAGCCACUUACCGCCCGAGCAGAGGAGGAAGAGGCUGCAGCAGAGGAUCGACGAACUCGGAAAAGAGCUCCAGAAAGAGAUAGAUCAGAGAGAUGCCCUGAACAAGAUGAAGGAUGUGUAUGAGAAGAAUCCACAGAUGGGAGACCCCAUCAGCCUGCAGCCCAAAAUAUCAGAGACUAUGUGUAACAUGGAGAAGCUGCGCUCAGAACUCCACAAAAACGAGACUUGGUUAUCGGAGGUGGAGGGGAAGCAGAGCUCCAGAGGAGACAGACGACACAGCGCCGACAACCACCAUCACACUCCUCAAGGCAGAGAGAGUCCUGAGGGCAGUUACACAGACGACACCAGUCAGGAGCAUCAGACGCCUCAGAAGCGCACGACCCCUCCAAAGCCCGGGCAACCCAACCCCGACCCGCACGAGUUUGACGACGAAUUUGACGAUGACGACCCGCUGCCGGUCAUCGGACACUGCAAAGCGCUCUACUCCUUCGAUGGUCAGAACGAGGGGACACUGGUGAUGGCAGACGAUGAGGUGUUGUACAUCAUCGAGGAGGACAAAGGCGACGGCUGGACGAGGGCGAGGAAGCAGAGCGGCGAGGAGGGCUACGUCCCAACCUCCUACGUAGAAAUCACCAUGGAGAAAAACAGCAAAGGUUCCUGAGGGCUGCAGGGUGGCCGGGCGAUUUGAUUGGCUGGUGGAGGGCUCACGCUGAUUGCUGAUUAUUGGUGGUGGGGGUGACACAAGAAAAGAGAGAGGUAGAGAGGGAAAGAGAUGAAAUAAAGACAGGUUGCAUGUUGCAUGCUCACAUAUCCAUAACCAGCAAAGCAUUCUGGGUUACUAGAGGCUGUGAUGGCUACCCUCCAUCACAUCAGGAGGGGGAAACAUACUGAUGUUCUGCUCUCUGAGGGUUCAAACACUGUUUGACAGCAAAUAGAAACCAACUGCUGCUACGACCUCACUAGUUAUGUUGUGUACAGUAAAAAUACAUGCCAUACCAGGACUUGCUCUUAUUGGUUGUGGAUUUAUAAUUGAAUGACAAAGAGGAACAUUUCCAGGAAACGUUUUCUGUGGGCCUUUUGUUGUGGGUGACCAUUAACUCUUAUUUAGCUUGUUUUUAAACUAAUGGGCUCCUUAAAUCAUUAAAGAGCAUUUUGACAAGAGAUUCUCAUCAUAAAAAAUAACACGGCAACUUUAAUGAAUGAAAUAUUGCCGAAAGCUUCGGAAACAUCUAGUAAGUAAACCUUGUGAUGAGCUUUUUUUGGUCAAAGUUCUAUUUCCAAAGAAUGGACCCUUAACCUCAAAGUAGCUUUGAGCUGUCUCAUAACGCAAUUUUCAAAGUCCCACUUGCCAUUUAUUCUAAAAUGUAUUUGUAAAAUAAUCUUAUAUUUCCAUACUAUAUUCUCCGAAUAGACAAACUGUUCCCCACUACUUUUGAGUCCAGCUACUCAAGAGAGGGCAUCGGUGAAUUCUAAUCUCAGACUCUCAGGGUUUGUCACAUUUGUUAGGGUCAGUUAUGCUUACAGUAUUUGCUAACACUAACAAUGUCAGUCCUGCACUCAUCCCUGUUGUCAUCAUCUGUGCUCUGUUGGUGAUGUUUGCCUGCCUGCCCGCCUGAGCCACUCUGCUCCUCAUGCCUGCCUUCACCCUCAUACAGCCGCAUGUCCUUAACGUGUCCCAAACAUGAUCACACGUUUCAUGUGUGACUUUAACUGCAACUAUAUGAGUGUGUGUAACUAUGGAUGUGAGUUGUGUGUUGAAUGCUGCAUCAUCCCGGUGUAUUUUGAUGAGUAUGAUUUUGUGCAUUGAACGUCAUUAAGUUACUCAUUAGACAGAUAGCAGGCCGAUCAGGUGAACACAGGACCUCUCUACCACUCUCUUUCUUUUCCCAUCUUUCCUAUCCUUUACUUCCUGGGUUGUACUACCCCCAUUUGACCAGCAGAUGGAAACCUUUGCUCACAAAACCAUGGCUCAUCUUAAGUUGAACUGGACCACCUUAAACAACACUAAACAUGGAGGAGCACCAAUUUUUUUUGCAGUCAGACUCUGCCUUAAAACUCCAUUUUGUUUUACUUUGGAUGGAUUUUUGGAUGUCUCCACUCUUCUGCCUGACUAUAUCUCCCAUCAGCCACCUGGGCUCAGCCUUACCUCCUCGGGGACCCUCAACUGCAUCUCCAUUAUCAAAAAAGUUUUUUUCCCAUCUUAAUUGGUUGUAUUUGUGAAUGUGACCACAGAUGCACACAUGUAUCAAUGAUAUGUAAACACCGCUAUGGAAGGCCAAAUGGGCCGAAAACACAUGUUGAAUUUUGGCACGUUUGGGUUUCCAUACAUAAUAAUAUGUAAGUGUGUCUACAUGUGCCUGCGUUACAUGUGUGAUGUUAGUUUUUACCAUUGAAUGAAUUGUAAAUAUUAACAUCUUUUAUGUCAUGCUGAAUGUUUUUCCAUAGUGAUUGUUUUUAGGUUUGUUUGACACUCUUCAUGAGAGACAACAAGGUUUGAAUUGAACUGAUGCACUUUGCGCUGAAGUACUACAGCAUUUGAAUCUGAUUAAAUGAAUUAAAGCGAAUGAAUGAAUGAAUGAAUGAAGGUCUGUGUUGUCUGCUGAGAGGCGUGAACUUAAUGAAUGACCACUGUAUAGCAGCGAGAAACAAAAACGGCUCUAAUCAUUUCCUCUUCCUGAUGGUUUUUAUACUCUUUUUGUAACUCUUGACGAGCAAUGACCCACCAUUUUUUUGCAUGGUUUUCUAGAUUCUUUACAUUAAUUCUUUGUGCGUUUGGUGAUCGUUUUAACCAUUCACUUUCUCAACAAAACACAAUUGAGGUUUGACUGUUCUGUUGAAAAAAAAUGCCACUAAUAAUUCAGCUGCUUUGUGGAUCUUAACAGCAGGAGGCUCCGUAGUGGUCAGUGUUUCUUCUAUGAAGCUGUGAAAUGUACAGAAUGAUGCUGUCGGGGAUGUUACUUGAACUUCAGUCACAGUUCUCCAAAUGUUCUCUCCUAUCCGGGUCCAUUUUGCAUCGGAUAAAAACAAUAGAAGUUUGAGAGAAAUUUGCUUUCCACAACAUAGGACUUUUUACCAUUGGAACAGAACCAGGCUAGCUGUUUCUAACCGACUGCUGGCAGUAGCUUCAGAUGUACUGUACAGGUUUGAGAGUGGUGUAGAUAUUUUCAUCCAACUUCACGAUAAAAAAACCUUUUUCCCAAAAUAUCCAACAGUUUUUUUUCCUCUACUCAAUAUUUUAGCCUAACCCAUUCCUUCACUUUGGUUUUUAAUAAUGAUGCCUUGUAAACGCAUACAUCGAUCUAUCAGUGCUUUCAAUUUUGUGUGUACACAUCUGUCGUCAUGGUUAGUUACAUCUGCUAGCCUGCUUGCUUUUCUUUAAAAUUAGCUAUAACUACAUGUUUGCCUUUUUUGAAAACUAAACCGUGACAUAAGAUGCGUGCAGUAAAGUGUUGCAUAUUAGAUUUAUUUUUGUUCCAAUGGCAAUACAGUCAUAACGUCAAAUCACAUUUCUAUGGUUAAGCAGUCGGGGGUGCAAAUAGUUGUUUUAAACUUUUUAUUUGCUAUUUUGGAUUAAGUCUAUAAAUUGUCAAAUUAAAUCAUGAAUAAUGCCUAUCAAUAGUUCUAACAGCCCAUCGUCAUGUCUUCCAUUGUUGGUUUUGUUCUACAAACUUUCCAAAACCCAAAGAUAUUCUAUUUACAAUAAUAUAAAAGAUAGAAGAUCAGCACAUUUGAGAGUUUUUGUUUGCUAAAGGACAUGGGGGGGGGGGAAAGCAAACCACAUCAGUUUAAGCACUAAAACCACUACCUUGCAUGUAAUUGAAUAUUAUUUGAUGGUGGGAAAGAUAAUCCACUGACAUGAAGAUAUAGGCAGUGAUAAACAAAACAGUCCCCUCUGUUUCCUGCUGAAUUUGUAUUGAUGUUGCCAUGAUGAUGCUUGUAUAACAUUUAUACUAACUCUUAAACAGACGGUACACUCCAGAUGUUUCAUAUUCUUCAUUUUCAGACAUAUUUGGAGUGCACUGUCCCUUUAAUCAAAGAAUACAUGUCAGUCGAAACGCAGCACCUUUGCAAUCAGUCAAACAUUUUCUUCUUAGUCAAUUAAUAUACAUAUAAAAACGUUGAGCUCAGUAAAUGUUAUAGCCACUUAACUGUACUUCUGGAUAUUAUGCAAAAAUAUAAAACAAAGCAGCUUUAAUAAAGUUCUUGCAACGGUUCUUUAGUGAAGCCCAGCCCCAUAUAUACUGAUAUAUAGACGUCUAUCUAAUAUGGCGCUGGUGAAGCCAUGCUACUGUGAGUGGGGUGCUGUUUACCACCCAGAAGAAAACACUUCUACAUUCCUCUUGUUUUUGAACGCGAUCAUGUUUGUCUUGUGGAAGCUUUGUACAGAUUAUUCUCUCAGCUCUUUAACUCACGAUAAAAGUUUUUAUCAGCAUCAACAUCCAAUCACAGUAAAUAAAAACAGCAGCAGGUACAAAGUGUUUCUGAAUGAUGUUAACAUCCAUGUAAAUGUGUUUUUACCAUGUUGUAUGUUGUAAUAACCAAUGGCAGUACUUCCCUUUCCAUAUUGUUGUGCACAUCUUUUUACUUUGAAUGUUGUCAGACACUUUGUUUUUUCUUCUUCCAAGAUAUUGUUCUAAUAAAAUAAGCAGCAAUGGAAAGAA